CCGAUCCAUAGUGCCUUACUGCUGAACAUGCCAGGGGCUUCUUUGAAUGCGAUGCCUGAUACAUAUUUCCCCUACCACAGUACGUACCCACUUAUUUAUUCCGCGGGGCAUUUCCAUAGGACCUGAUAGGCCGACAAGCAACAUCAUCCACAAAGUAAAUCCGGGCCGAUGAUCCUCUCCCAACCGAAAAGCUUCAUUCAUCUAUCCAGGAAUCGAAUUUCCACCGCUUCUUUUUCCCCUCUUCCGUCACCGCAGCGAUGGACAUCCUAUAGCACGAACCUUCCCGAAAAAUACCAGAUAAUAGGAAAAGAUAUACACGGGAAUAAAACAAAGAGAAAAGCCAAUGGACAUCUCCAAACUCUCCACCCAGCUCACCGAAGCACCAACCCCCUUCCCAAAUUGUUGUCUAUCUAUCUCCAGCACCCUGGUAGCCCACUUAGCAUGGCUCCUUCCUAAAAGGCCCGCGUUCACCCUAUCAAUAGGCUGUGGAUCCGGUCUCCUGGAAGCACUGAUACUACAUAACCAUCCCAACGUCCAAAUCACCGGAAUAGAAGUCUCCACGUCAGUCAACCGCUACCUUGCAGAAGAGGACUUCGACGUGGUCAGCGGAACUUGGGAUCUGUAUGCGCGUGCGCCGCAGGCGGCAGCAUGGAUGUUUGUUUACCCGCGCGAACCGAAGCUGGUUAGCAAGUAUAUUGAGAUGUAUGGCGAUGGACCUGAGUCGUCAGUGCAGAUGAUACUGUGGUUGGGACCCCGUGCGGAUUGGGCCGAUUAUGAGCCGUGCUUUCGCAAUUCGUCGUUCUCAGACGUGUGUAUCCCUGAAGAUGUGGGAAUCAUGGAAUUUGAGAUGUUGGCAAUCAUGCGGAGGAGGUAGCGGUGUGUUUGAUGUUCGACGCUGAAUUAUUAUCUAUCACCAGUGUAUACAUCUGUUCGGGUCAUCGGACAGAGCCCGCGAGAUAGUUGAUUUCCUGGCUGGUAGCAGACGGGUUAGGGGAACAGGAUUUACGGAAGAUGCAAGAGGGUUCGCUGAUCACCACUCCUCCUCCUGCUGCUGCUGCUACCAUCUGAUGUCCGGUCGGUCAUCCAAGGAAUCCUAGCGACGUCAUCAUAUUUCCAAGCCUUGAUUUGCUAUAUGUCACCAUCAUAUCCAGGACACGAAAGACUUCAAUCCCAUGACAAUAAAAGACUACAGCAAGGCGAUUCCAAUUAGUUUAGACUUUUUUCCCCAAGUCUUUCAGCAUGUCAUAAAAGGCUAGUAACUAUAAAUCCCAUUCUAUGUGGC